AUGGGUGGAGCUUCGGGACCCGCCGAUAAGCGUCGAUUGGACCUCCGACUUGGAUCCGCGCGUAUCGCUGAGAUUCCGGAGCGUGAAGGGCUAAAACCCACAGGAGCUGGGGCCGUGAUUCUUUCGAGCAUUCUGGGCCACUGGUCACUGUCCCAAGGUGGCGGUCUCUGGCGGUUACAGAAGUCUGCCAAGCGCCCAUCCCUGGCCAACAUGAUCAAGGCCAUCUUCUAUAGCAAAUUCGACACGCAGGAGGGGCCAAAAGUCGUUCACCAGGUCCCCGACGGUGCGAUUGUCCCCUCCUCCACUGCGCCCGCUCAGCCCCUCUUCUUUACCUUCUCGGAUAUCUCGUUCUUCGUCAUUCCCCGGCAGGAGCUCUGUGGGAAUCUGCUUCAGGUAUGCACCAAUGGAUACCGGAUCUUAGGAUAUCCCAUCUGCAUGAAGUCAGUUCGGUAUGAUCGGAAUGAGUUCAUCUUCAACUUCUGUAUCGUGCUGGGCGAGGAGGACGACUUCAGUCAGUACAAAAGUGUGGUGCAAAAACUGGCGGACCUGAUGCAUGCGCUCGAGGAACAGAACAGCUUUUUGUCACGCAGUAGCUCCGAGAGCAAAGUCUAUAGUCUUUGCGAGAUGUUGAUGGAGGAUCUGAACAACUAUUGCGAGUGCAUGCUCCCUAUUGGUAUGGACAGAACUUUCCCUUUCCCCCCGGCGGAUUGGCCUGGAUCUAAAUAUUGCCUGGCAGACGAUCUCAACACAUUGAACAUCAAGCUCUUUCCUAUAUAUCCCUCACCACCGCCGGUCAAGGCUUGGUACGUGCCGCUAUUCACAGUGCGCUACCAAGCUUUCAUGGACGAAAACUGGGACUUGACCUUGCAAAGGGUUUGUCUCGCUAUAAACGCAAUCUUCAAUCGCAUAGUACUGACCAAUAUCCAGAUUGUCCCCCACAUCAACGGCGUGAAUAGCAUCCGCAUCAUCUCCAUUCUCGCAGACACCGACUUCUCUCUCACUUGCCGCGCAAUCCGGCACCUCCUAUAUUACGGCUGCCUCUUCCUUCUCGAUAUAUUCUCCUUCUCCGCAAUCUAUGCCCCAACGGCCUCAUUCGGCUCGACAAUCGCCACGGACGAAGCCAUGCAACUUGAGUGCGCUCGCUAUGUGAACACUCGCUUCGCACCACACUCCACCAUCGCCCCUCAAUCCGCUCUGCCCCCCGUCACAGCCAUCGCCAGCGGCAGCACCGCCAGCACCGGCGCAGGCCCGCUCUCCGCCUCCCUCGACCCAAUGGACACCUUCUCCCGCGACGACUCGCGCUUCGACGCCGAAGAAAUCUGGCCCCUCCUCGGCACCACCGAAGAAGACGAACCAUCCACGCCCUCCCCCGGUGGGACACCCACCACGGCCUCGCAUCUCGACGCGCACCAGGGGAACCCCACCGGAGCACAGCACUACCCGCCCGUCGUCGACGGAGUCGGCCUCGUCGAGCUGUACGCCGGAUUGCGGCAGGGCGUGAGCGUGAAACAAUGGUACAGCGCGCACAGCCGCGCGCUCGCCAACAUCGACAUCCGCCGGUUUAUCACCUUCGGGGUGAUCAAAGGCUUCCUGUACCGGGUGCACAAGUAUGCUAUAUCGACGGGGCUUCCUGCGCCUGCGCCGCGAGGGUCCGCGCUUGCGCCGGGCUUGUAUACCGGGACGGGGCCUUCGUCGCGGAAUACGACGGGGACUAACACGCCGUAUGCGUCGAGUGUGGGUGAAGAGGCGCCUAUUGCAGCAGUGGGGAGGAGAGAGGGUAGUAGGGAGCGGGCGGCGUCGUUUCAUAGUGCGAGUCGGAGUGCUGGGGGUGCGGGGAGUGUGCCGUCUGGGCUGGAGGAGGAAGACGAAGAGGUGGAUGAUCGGGUGUUGGAGAAGUUUCUUGAUGGGCAGCAUUGCUUUGAUCAAAUUUGUACGGAGCUGGAGUUCAGUGAACGGGAGUUGACGGCGAGAUUGAAGAGGUAUCCUGGGGAGGUUUUGAUUCUUCAUCGGUGA